CCUCCAUUCUCUCUCCUCUCUUCUCUAUUUUAUUCUUCUUCUACCUUCCUUUCCCCUUUUGCUUUGUUUAUUCCCUCCCUCGCUUUUGCUCUUUUUCUUUUUUAUUUGCCACCACCAAACCCCCUCCCCCACCCUUUCCUCCCUUAUUCCAUUAUUCUUCCCUCUAUGCUCAUUGCCAAACUAAACGCAUGCAUUGGUGCGUUUGGUAAGGCAUGUGCCUUGCGCAAAUUUUCCUAUCUAUGUACGUCCUUAUUCAUUGCACUUGUUCUAUCCUGGCCGGCCGUACAACGAUUACGUGAUUCACUUUACACCACAUCCGUCCUGGCCGAUGCGGCAAACGAUCAGUUUUGGCAAUACACGCCCCACGUUCAACCUAUUCUUAAACAGCCUUCCAGCGACAUGCUUGCCGUAUACCAGGUUCGCAUAACCAAUCCCAACAACGAACCGGUCACUCACGAGCUGCUGGCUCGGGCCCGCGAUUGGCAGCUUGGUUUAACGACAUUCCAAGUGGACCUGAACAACAAGAAGGGCCACUCACUGUCAUUAAACGAUUUGCCUUAUUUUAAAUUAUACUCACCCUUUGGCACUUUAUGGCAAUACGACGAAAUGAUACACGACGACUGGCCAGCUUCGCUGAAUCGAUACAAUUCUACGUCGUCGUCACUCGACCCUCUCUCAGUCUUUGAAAAUGUAACGCUUGAUAAGCACGGCAAACUAGUUGGUGCUGAUGCCAUUGUCUUGACGGCACUUUUGCUGCGCAACAGCGACGAACACGUUUGGAAAACAGCCAUCGAACGUUAUAACGAACAUAUGUCUCCGUCUUGGUACAUUAAGCAAGCCAACGCGCCAGCAAUAACAUGGCAAUACAAGUUCAAGAUUCUUUUCCCGGAUUACGACAUACCAAUCAGUGUGUAUGCUUUCCUUUUGUCACACAUGGUCAUUUUCUUCAUUGUCUCGUCUGCCUUUGGAACGACACAGCUUGUAAAGUCCCGAUACGGCCUGGGUCUGGCUGCGGUGUUCACAUCCAUCACCUGUGUCACUGUCACUCUCAGCAUCCUCGACCGAUUCGGUGCGUCGCUUGAUGCCGUGCCAUGGUAUUUGUUUCCCCUGGUCUCCAACGUCGCAACGCUGGAAAACUCGUUUCUAUUGACGAAUGCCAUUGUCAAUGCCGGCUGCGACAUGCAAGUCAAGGAGAAGGUUUCGCGAGGUCUGCAAAGCGUUGGCGCUCCCAUGAUUGGUACGCUCAUGGCUGAACUGGCUAUCCUGGAAAUCGGUCGUGCCAUGGAGGUGCCUAUGAUCAAGCAGUUUUGUCUGUUCGCCCAGGUGGCUCUUGCGGUCGAGUUUUGUCUGGAAAUGACCUUUUUCAUGGCGGUUCUCUCUAUCGACAUUAACCGUGCUGAGCUUGCCGAUCUUGACGAUCGUCAAGUCUCCAAGCGUUUGCGAGAAUUAGCUAUCAGCAACGUAGAGGACGAUCAGAAACAAUCGCCUGAUUUUUGUCCUAUUCAGGACUCCAGCGAGCAUACCAGCUGCGCAGACUGCAAGGACUUUAAAACGCAUCGAGAAGUGAAUGCAUUAAUGUUAUGCAUGGUUAUCUUAGGCUUAAUGAUGUUUCAGUCCUACUUUGGACGAGCCACAGUUCCCUUUUGCCCGCCAUCGUCGUACCAUGUCGAUUUGAAGCAGCAAGAACUCUUGACGAAAACGGAACGUUUGCGCACCGUCUCGACUGAGUACUGGGAUAUCAUCAACCCCUCUCGUGAAACUCAAUGGCUUCGUGUCGAGCCGCCAUACCUUGCCACCUUUGGUAUGCCAGCAACAUCUACCGUCGAGUCGUUUGAAGCCGCCUAUCGGAACAAAGCACUGAGCAUCCAAGUAGCGCAGAGCAAGCGGCAGCCGCCAUCGAAACUUCGGAGCUUUGUGUUCACAUGUGCACGAAAUACCUUCCUUUUCCUCUCCAGCAUCAAUGUGCCGAGCCUUGUGCUCUGCAUUGUCCUCGUUGGCAUUCUUAUCUGGCUCACACCAGCCUACCGCGAUCAAUGGCUAAUCCCGCUGUUCAAAAAGAUCCUUCUGCGUGUGUUGAAUCCAAGCAUCAUCUCGUCCAACGUCAUUGUCCGUCGUUUACGCGAACAUUUCCGACAAGAUCAGGAAGUCAUUCACGUGGGUGCGAUUUCUGCACAAGAGCAAUACCAGAAACGCAACAGCAGCGUGGGCAACGUGUCGAUCAAAACGUUGUCGGGCCAACAUGUGGCUGACGUCCGUCGCUUUGAUGUCAAUGCUAAACACGGCAUCGUUGUCUCGUGCGGACAGGAUGAUCGUGUCGUUGCAUGGGACACUCGCCGAGCCAGACCGAUCACACAACUCAGGUACGACGGUGACAACGGCAGCACCAGAGCCAUACCUGCCAAAUGCGUAAAGAUCGAUCAAGGUAACAAGUGGAUCGCUGCAGCCCUCAACAAUGGCAUGAUCUGGGUGUGGAGUGCAUGCACCGGCAAAGUCACUCGCGAGUUUUGCAUCGAACGGGAUUAUGGCGAUAUCCAGCAACCUCAGCAGCAAGUUGUUUUCCGUAACCGACGAAACAACAAUAACAACAGUAGCAGCAGCAGCAGCAGCAGCAAUAAUGGCAGUGGUGACCCUCUGUCCAAGAAAAAGCGUCAUCUUGAUCGCGUCUUGGCUGUUCAGUUUAUCGGUGCCGUUGCUGAGUAUUGUCACCCCGUGGUUGCCGAAGUAGCAGCUAAAACCAAGGGCCAUGCCACCGUCAAGUCGCAAAACUACCUUGUCACUGCACACAAGAGCGGAAUGAUCCGCGAAUGGGAUAUUCUGUCAGGCGAAUGCAUGCAAACCGUUCCAUCAGGCCACAUGCGCGAUAUUUCAACUCUCCAUGUCGUCGAAGCCAAGGCACCCCAUCGGAAAUUAGGCGUGUCGUGGGUCUUUACUGCAUCCAAGGACGGCCGAGUUACUUGCUGGGAGCGACAAAUAGUGAAGCGACAAGACAUAACGAGCGUAUGGACUUGCGCGUACAGCAUCAAGGGCCACGACGGACACGCUAUCACAUCUAUUGCGACCGAGUUACCUGUCGGUGGCAUGGGCGUUUUGGUUACUGCAGCCAGCGACCGUUCAGUGCGUGUAUGGAAUUUCGAGACCGGCGCGCCCGUAUGCACACUCGCGGAAGCCUCGACCAAACCAGCAGCAGCCGCAGUGGACAGUAGUGCUGUGAUCAGCCAACUGGUAGUGACCCGAUAUUGCGAAGUCGAAAAGGGUCGGGGCAUGUGCAGAGGCUGUGACACGUGCUUUGGCAACGGAUUCUUCAUUGCAGCAUCUUCCACCGAUGGCAUCGUCGACGUGUAUCGUCUAGAGCGUGUGGGCGGAAGCAGUCAUAACGGAAGCUGUACGCUCUGCAGCAAAGACUAUCAUCGAAGUCAGUACAAACGCAAAAAGAAGUCGGGCGACUCUGGCAAUAACAGCAAUACUACCACUAGCACACCGACUCGACCACCGCGACGACGACAGCGUCAUCAAGCACACAUGAUACCCAAAUCGACAACAGCAGCAUCGGACGGAGACAACUUGCUAGAACUCCUAGACAUUGAACAACUGGCGGGCGACGGCGAAGAGAUCGAGCUUGUGCCAACACAUCUCGGCAAAAUUGACCAGCCCGCUGGACGAGGCCUGGCAUUCUGUGGAAGGAGUCGACUUUUAGCUGGCGUUCGACAAAAGGCAGGCACCCAUCAAUGGGAGGCAUGGUUUGCAUCCCUACAGUACUACGACUCGGCCAAAGAUCAAGAACGGAUACCCGUCGAGACAUUUGACCUCGACCAAGACAACCCAGAGACUGAGGAGGAACUCGACUCGUACUUUGGACUCUUUGGUGUUGAUCCACAAGAGAACACGAACGGUGGCAAUAGUAGCCGGCGACGGAGGAAAGACCAAAAGCAACAACGACAGCAGCAGCAACCGGAUGAAGAUUAUGAGCUGUUGCCGUUCUCGACGGUGCACCAUGUAUUACCGCUGGAUGGAACGGGUCUCGCAUGCGAUUUUGGCAAUUUUAUCAAGCUUAUAUACCUAGAAGACGAACAUAGAAAAAAGCAUCUCCCGUCAUGUCGAUGUGACGCUUGCCUUAAAACGAGAGCAAGCGAGGUACGAUGCUCCAUCAUUCCCAAUUGUCCUCAAGCAUCAGAAUGUCUAACAGCACGGCAACAAGCUGUGUAAAGAAAAGUAAAAAGAAAUAAAUAAAAAAAGUGUACAUAUGUCUUGCGAUUUCUUUUAACGAAAAUAAUUGUAACAUAAUAGUAAUGAUAG